CCCCGCCCGGCGCUCCUCCUUCCCUCGGCGGGGCGGCCUUUCAGCGCUGAAAGAGGAGCUCGGACGGGCGGCGGCGGCGGCGGCGGCGGCGGCGGCGGCUCCAACUCAGAGGGACCGCCGGACUGAGCGGAGCGGUGGCAUCGUCCGGGCUAGCCUGCUUGGCAGGUGCGGGUGUAGCGGGCGCCCAGUCGGCGGAGCCUGCAGGCCAGAGGAGUGCUGCCAUGGAGACCUGCAACCACAGCCUGGCUGGUCCCCCCCGCCGGCUACAGAAGCCCAUUCAGAGCAGCCUCCUGGACCUGACUGAGACGGCCCGAGGGUUGAAGGUGCAGACGCAGAAGCCACACCUGGUGAGCCUGGGCAGUGGGCGCCUCAGCACUGCCAUCACUCUGCUGCCUCUCGAAGAGGGCAAGACGGUCCUGGGCUCUGCUGCUGGGGACAUUGUGCUACAGGGGGCUGGGGUAGCCCCCCAGCACUGCUUCAUUGAGAAUGUGUGUGGGACCCUCACCCUGCACCCCUGCGGCCAUCCCUGCACCAUCGAUGGGCUGCCUAUCACGUGCCCCACCCGCUUGUCCCAAGGGCACGUGAUCUGCUUGGGCCAGUCGACCUUCCUCCGGUUCAACCACCCAGCUGAGGCGAUGUGGAUGAAAAGCAUGGGGCCUGGGGGCCGGCAAGGCCAUGUGGCCCAGCACAGACCAGCAGAGUGGCAGAGCCCCGCCAGUGGCAACUCCGAGGGGGCGCCACUCCCCCUGCUCAGCCCCCAGACCUUAGUCAGCUCCAUUGAGAGGGACCUACAGGGCAUCAUGGACUCCCUGGCGCUGCAGGAGGAAGGUGGCGGCGGCAGUGGCAGUGGCAGCAGCAUCGCAGCACGGUUCCUCGGGCGCACUCUGCCUCCAAUGGCCCCCUCUGUGGCAAACGGUGGGGGGGGCUGCUCCCUGCUGUCCCCCCUCCAAAGCCCUGGUGACAUGUCUCUGGGAUCCACCUACGAAAAUGCCUCCUCUCCUCCGUUCUCCCCGCUCUCCUCUCCCGCCAGCAGCAGCAGCAGCGGCUGCCAAAGCCCAUCAUCCUCCGGCUGCUGCCGGGACCAAGCUCCCGCCCUUCCCCCCGCGGUGCCCAUCCGGUCCUCAAGUUACAGCCAUGUGGCGUUAUUUCCCCAAGGGGGGCCUUGCCCAGACCCCUUGAACAGCCCCAGUGGCUUCCUAAGCUCUGCUCACAGCUCAGGGAGCCCCCGGGGGGAGAGGAGGGUCUGGCGGGAUGGCCCUGCGAGCCCCCUGCCAAGUCACAGGGCUGGGCCUUCUGUGGAGAACCCUCCUCCUAGCCAGCACAGCUCCCCCCCACCGAAAAAGACCCCACUGGGCAGUGCAUGGCCGCAGUCCCCCAAUAGUCUCUCUGCGACCGGUGCCUUCCAGCUGCCCUCAGCUCCGCAGAGCAAGGCUGCAGCGCUGCAGGAGCAGGCCCCCAGCUCCUUCGAGGAGAUGCCCUCGGUCAGCCCUUCCUGGCCAGCCCAGCUGGGGAAAUCAGGCUGCCAGGCGUUGGAGCUGGCAGGUGUUGCCCCACAGUCCUGCCAGGCCCAACAGGCCCCCAAGAGUCCCCGGUUCAGCCAGCUGUCCCUGGAGAGCAGGCGGGAGCUGCCCCCACUCAGCCCAGCCCUGGGGCGCCGGGUGGCUUCGCCAGGCCCCCCCAGUAGCCACUCCCUGCAGGGCAAGCUUGGGGAGAAUCCCAGAGUCUGGCGGAGGGAGGGAUCUUCUGCCUCCUCCUCCUGCCUGCGGGGUCGCAGUCCCUCACCCACCCCUCUCUCUGGGGAGGGUGCCCGCCACAAGCCCCGUGGCAGGGCAGGCCUCAGCUCUGCGUCCAGCCUGGGCUGCCUUGUCCUCCCCUCGGGCUCCCCCCAGCUGAGCUGCAAGAGCCCCGGGGGGCCCUGGGUGCCGGGCCCUUUGCGGGAACGCAAGCAGAGCAUCUCGGAGCUGACUGGCCAUGAGGGCGACCUGCUGGGGUACCACCAGUGGCAGCGCCAGGAGCGUCUCCGGGAGCAAGAGGUGGAGCGGUUGGAGCGUCAGCGGCUGGAGGCCAUCCUCAGCCUGUGUGCCGAGUACACGCGGAAUGACACAGGGCCCGCCCGAGGGGAUGGCGCCUACUCCAGUGCGGCUGAGAAGGCGGCCCCCACACCCCGCCAGGAGGGAUGUGGUGGUGGGCGCUUGGAGGAGGAGAGCCUGAGGGAGGAGAGCAGCAGCACCGAGAGCGCCGGCCAUGAGCACGAGGCGCCGCUCACCCCGGAGCCGGUCCGUCUGGAGGAGGAGCACGCCCGCCUCCGGGCCAGCACAGAGCACCUGCAAAGCCGCCUGGAGGAGCUGGAGCAGCAGCUGCGGGAGGCCACCCGAGAGGCAGAGAUGGAGCAAGCCCUUCUGCAGGGCGAGCGGGAAGCAGAGCUCCACCAGCUGCAGCAGGAGCAGCAGGUGGUACACCUCCUGCAGAUGCAGUUGUCUGGCCUGGACGCCACCGUUCGCCAGGAGCGGGACAAGGAGAGAGCAAAGGUUGAUGCUGAAAGGAAGGCGCUUGAGAAACUGCGGGCGUUUUACUUUGAGCUCAAGAGCCAGCUUGAAAACUGCCCUGAGUCAAUGAGGGAGCAAUUGAAAGACCAGAUGCAAAGGGAGGCCGAGGCCAUGGAGGCCGAGACCAAGCUCUUUGAGGACCUGGAGUUCCAGCAGCUGGAACAGGAGAGCUGCCAGGAGGAAGAGCGUGAGCUGCUGAGCCACCGGCUGCUGCGCAACCAGGCCGAGAGCCACCGCUGCCUGGCCCGCCGGAAGGAACGCGUGGCUGCCCUGGAGAACCAGGCCAAGCAGCUGCGGCUGCAGGCCGCUCUGGAGGCUGGCCAGCUGCGUGAGGAGAGGAGGGCCACCUUGCAACAGCUCCAGCAGGAGAAGGAGGCCCUCCUGGCACUGGAACGACGGUUCUGCGCCCUCACCAGCGGCUCUGCCUUUCCCAAGAGCUCACGUGCCCUCCGAGAGGGCUCUCCGUCCCCGCCGAGCUGGAGAGGCGGCCCACCCAGCAAGCCAGCCAGCACCCUUCCUAGCCUCGUGAGGGAGCGUGAGGGGGCGCUCCAGCAUGAAGGUAGGUGGCACCCAUGCUCCUGGAGUCUCCCCUGUGCUCCUCUGCUGGGCCCUGGCCCCCCAUGGCAAGUGGAGUCUGGGGCCAAGCUCCUGCCUGGCGCUGAGCCUGCCCUCGUCCUGGGCCUGUUUGCAGGGCACCAGGCAAUUCAGGAGCAGCGGCAGUGCCCAGCUGACCUGACACAGGAGGUGGCAGCAGAGGCCCUGUGGGGGGCCCCCCUCUGCCCUCCCCUCAUGUCCCGCUCCGUCCUCCAUCAUCACCCCCUCCUGGGCCGAGGUCAGCUGGCCAAUGACCCCGAGCUGGCCUACGACACCCUCAGCCUGGAGAGCUCAGACAGCUUGGAGACCAGCCUCUCUCUGAGUGGGAACUCAGCCUGCUCACCGGACAAUGCCUGCAGCACCAGUGGGGCCGAUACCAGGAAGAUCGAAGAGAUGGAGAAGCUGCUGAAGGAGGCCCAUGCUGAGAGGUCACGCCUGAUGGAAUCGCGAGAGCAAGAGAUGGAGCUGCGUGGCCAGGCCCUAGAGGAUGAGCGGCAGCGGCGGGAGCAGCUGGAACAGCGGUUGCAGGACGAGACAGCGCAGCGGCAGGAGCUGAUUGACAGGGAGGUCAAGAUACGGGAGAAGCAGCUGGCUCAGGCACGGCCCCUGACACGUUACUUGCCCAUCCGCAAAGAGGACUUUGAUCUGCGCUUGCACAUCGAGUCCUCUGGCCACAGCGUGGACACCUGCAGCCACGUCAUCCUCUCCGCAAAGUUGUGCAAAGGCUACCUGGUCAAGAUGGGGGGCAAAAUCAGAUCCUGGAAGAAGCGCUGGUUUGUCUUUGACCGCCUGCGGCAUACCCUCUCUUACUACGCAGACAAGCAUGAGACGAAGCUGAAGGGCCUCCUCUACUUCCAAGCCAUCGAGGAGGUUUACUACGAUCACCUCCGGUGCGCAGCCAAGAGCCCCAAUCCUGCCUUAACCUUCUGCAUCAAGACUCAUGACCGGCUCUACUACACGGUGGCCCCCUCUGCAGAAGCCAUGCGCAUUUGGAUGGACGUCAUUGUCACAGGGGCCGAAGGCUACACCCAGUUCCUGAGCUGAUGCACCACAGCCAGGAGACCGGUGCCCUGUCCGCUGUUCCGGGCCAGGAGGGCAAAGAAGCAGACUCCACCAGCUUGGGCUCUCUGACAGCCACCUCACAGGGCUCCAGGCGGACAGCCUCUGCAGGGUGCCUAGUGCCUGAAUUGAAUUGAAUUGCCCCGUCGCUGAGCUCGUUGAGGAAGCCAGGGCCACCUGCCUGCUGCUCCCCCACCAACUUCCAAGCUGGUGGAAGGUCAGAGGAGCCCGUGUCCCACUCCUGGCCAUGGCUUGCUGGCAGCACGGGGUGGAGAUCUCCUACCCCCGACCUAGACUGGGGGGGAGUUCCCUGGCUUUCGGGCACCAGGCUCAGAAGCCCUGGGAGGCUCCUUCUGGGAGCAACCGGUCAUCUUGGAACUUCACUUCCAAGGCCUGUUUUCUACAUUUUUCCAAAACGCAGAGGCAGCUGAGAACAGUCCUCCCUUGGAGCUUGGGGCUGCUGGGUAGCUGGGCUGAGAGACAGAAAGUAAAAUAAAGGCUUUGCAUACUUUCAC